UGGUAGUGGGUAGAUUUUGGGUCAUGGGGGGGGGUUUGCAUACUGGAUAGAGGAUGUUUAUUUUUGGCAUUGUGUAACUGUUUAGGACUGCACUGCAGACGUUUAGGGGUUUGCAUGACUGUGAAAUGAAUUGUAGAAACUAGGAUCAGACUAUUUUUAUUCAGCGUCUCUUCAGUAUCUUUUCAGUAUCUGUGAUUUUGAUAUUCUGCAUACGUAAUAUUUAACGAAUUGCUGUUGCUGGCAGUGUCCACAAUAGAAAAGUUGAACAGAUAUUCUGCUGUUUUACUGUUUACAUAGAUUUCCCAACUUUUGCAGUGUUACAAUGGAAUAAAUGAAGUGGCUGGUACUUCUUUUUACCUCAACUUUUUAACGUACCCUUUAUUUUGGACCAGUUUUUUUUUUUUUAAGUCAACAAAAUAUUUUAAAACUGACCCGUAAUUGACAACCAACUUUUAAUUUUAAAUUUACUUUGAGUUGUUGUCACACUUGACAAAACAAACGUACUAGAUGACAAUUCAAAUUCGUUGUGCUACAUUUCUUUGGCUUUGUGUUUGAGACAACUUUUCUGUUCAUUCCCUUCAUUCUCAAUGUGUUUUUCCUGGUCUCUUUCCCUUUUCUCUACCAUUGUUUAUGUCUUGUCUUUGUUUGUACAUUGCCAUCAUUACAUCAAUGCACCUGAUUCAGUCUGACUCUCAGUUGUCUGUGAAUCAGGAGGCUGGAGACCCUUCAUUGGUAGCUGGUUCCCCAGGAACAGCCCCGUCUAUAAAUCCUAAUAAUGGUUCAGUGGAUACUCUUCCACCUUCUAGUUUCACUACUCCCUCCUGUACCCCUCUUCCACUGGAACUCCACAUAGAUGAAGAUGGUACUUCAACCCCUACAUCUUCAGCUGGUUCCACUGUAGUCAUUGCAUCGUCCAAGAGCCUUCAGUACUCCCAGAUCCAACAGAUAGAUGACGGUGGCAGUGUCACGUGUGAGAUCACUCAUGAGGAGAGCCUCAGUAUCUCUAGUACCACAAAGCCUCCGAGUCAAACGGAAGUCAACAGCCCUACACAUAUGUCCAUCACUAAAUUAUCUGCUAGUAAAGUCUCAAGUCCUUUUGGAAAAAGUUUAAGCCCGGUUACUAGUGGCAGAUGUUCUAGUCCAGUACCCUCUGCCAGCAGCUCCAGUCCAUUAGUUGUUUCAGAGAGCUCUAGUGAUGUUACUGUGUCUAUAAACCCCAGUCCUAUUCUUAGAGCCAAGAGUCCCAAUCCACCUGAUCUUAAAUGCUCCAAUCGAAGUCAGUCUUUAAAGAAUCCAAGCCCAAUUUCUAAAUGCUACAGUCCAGUUUCUAUAAGUCAUACCCCAGAAGACAAUAAAAAGACUGCUAGUCCAGUGACAGUUACAAGGCUUUCAAGUCCAGUUCCAAAAAGUGCGAGUCCAGAAAUAGUUCGCAAGAGUGCUAGUCCAGUGUCAAUUCCAAGACUUUCAAGUCCAUUUCCACAGAUUGCAAGUCCUGUGACAGUCUCUGAUAUCUCUAGUUCAGCAAGUGUAUCCAAGAGCUCUAGUCCUGAAACAUUGCCAAUGACUGCUUGCCCAGUAGUACUCCCAAGGCUUUCAAGUCCUGCCUCAGUCAUCAGAAAAAAUUACACAGUUCAAGGUAGCAGCAGUCCCAGAGCUUCACCAGUUCCAGCUGUACCAUCAAAUAGCCUGUCUCUCCCACCUACAAAAAAGCAAGGAGGUGAAAUGCUGGAUUUAACAUGGCCAUGUUGUGAACCUUUAUUAGAUGAUGCUUUAGACAAACUGUUAGCCCCCGACUCCUCCCAAAUGAGUGACAACCAGCCACCUGCUUCCUUUAUGUCCGGAGAUGAAUACCGAUCUUGGGAGGAGGAAGACGGAAUUGAUCCUGAUCUCAGCCGAGAGGGAACCCUGACGCCCAUGACUGAGUCCAGCUGGAUUGAUGAGUGUUUCACCCCCUCUUCCUGCCCUGGGACACCAGAUGCAAUGCUGGACCUUCCCACACAGCAGCCCUCUGCUGUCGAGCGCCUAUCUACUUCUGGCCAACUCAAGUCGGUUAUCCGCCGCACCAAAGAAACCUCCAAUGUGCAUCCAAUGUUCAAGGAGGGAACGUUGCGACGUAAAAUGGGACCGGUCAUUGUGAAUAAGAGCAUCUCGCAAGACCGACUCAUUCAGGAGCUGCAGGGGAAACUGGGAAUUGGGCGAGUGGAGCGCAAGCGUAAACAACUGGCAGAUGAUUGGAUGACGGAGGGAGUCAUCGUCAUGUCCAACCCACAGCGAACACGGGAAGAAAGGGUCCAGCCAUCUGUGGAUAAGGUAGACAUUAGAGACGCACAGCAGGAGUCAGUGCUGUUCAGUGCUACUCCAGGACCAUGUUAAUUAAACCAAGAGUUGGAAGUUAUCUUUCACUCAUUAUAUAUAUUACAUAUGUAUGAUAAUUCAUCAUAUUGCCAGAAAUAUUUUAUUUGUCUUUGACAGUCAGUCUAAACAAGUUUGUCCUGCCAACUUUGUUUUUUUAACCAUUUCCUUUCCCUCAUCCUGACCUCUGUUUUUGUUAUCUGUGUUUCCUCUCUUUGCUGUUUCCUUUUUCAUUCUUUCCCCCAGAUCAUCAUCCCUCCAGAAUCACCUGCCCCACAGAGAAAAAUCCUCCCCCCUCCGCAA